AUGUCCCACAACAAGUCACAGGCUACCACAGUGAAAAAUAGGGCCCGCUUGAUGCAGCUGUUGCAGGAGCCGUGCAACAAGCAUUGUGCCGAUUGCAAAACGUCUAGGAAUCCAAGAUGGGCGUCGUGGAACCUCGGCAUGUUCAUCUGCAUUCGGUGCAGUGGGAUCCACCGGUCUCUUGGAACACACAUCUCCCGCGUGAAGAGCGUCGACUUGGACUCGUGGACCGACGAACAAACCGAGUCCAUGUGCUCGUGGGGGAACAAACGGGCCAAUGCGUACUGGGAGUCCAAGUUGAAG